AUGCUGGGCGACACUUCAUUGUUGCCCCUGCUGGCAAAACUUCCUUGCACUAGUGUAUAUGCUCAGGACUACUACUACAAGAAUGACAAAGGCAAUUGA